GCAUCUGGGUAUGUGUGGGUGACAACGGAGGCGGAGGUUACUGGCUGUCAUGUCUGGAGACGUGAGCUAUAUCAGAGGCUUGUGACAGGCGAGUGGCAGAGAUCUGACCUCAGGGCUACUCAUCUUCCAAAUCGCGACACUGAAUCUGUGAGGUGUUGUGUCCUAAAAUAGCCGGACAGAGAGUAUAUAGGAGCCAGAGGGGGGCUUGGCCUUCAGAGGAACAGAUCCACGGUCGAUACACGGGAGGACACCGGACAGCAAGCACACUUCAACUUCCUACAGGAGAUCAAAAAAAUCUACUUUGACUUUUAAGACCUGAGGGAAAACAAGCUUUAAUCUUUGGAAGAGGGUUGCUGGAGUUGACUUUUUUUUUUUUUUUACUCCACUUCAAACCAGAAUGUGCCCUGUGUCCGAGACCAUGGGAAUCAAAGCUUACACCCAGGACUGUGGGGUCCCAGUCAGCUGCAAGAGCUCUGCUUCUCUGAAGCCAAUCCGCAGUGUGCACUUCCCUAAUGAUAUCGUUUUCCAGGACUACAUACGCCAGGGCGAGCUGGAGCGGAUCGGCCGUUUUAUCAGAGCCAGAAGAGUCAGCCUUCAAACCAUCUACCACUCUGGCAUGGCUGCCAUCCAUGAGGCCGUCCUGUCUGGGAACCUGGAGUGUGUGAAGCUGCUGAUCCAGUACGGAGCCGACAUCCACCAGAGGGACGAGGAGGGAUGGACCCCACUUCACAUGGCCUGCAGUGAUGGCUUCCCACACAUUGCACGCUACCUUCUCUCGCUGGGUGCCAACCCUGAGCUGGAGACAGACUGCGGGGAGAAGCCGGCUGACCUCAUUGAACCGGACAACAAGGAGCUGCUGGAGAUCUUUGGCCUGGCUGUCAAUGACUGAGAAAAUCUGUGUGUGAACCUGCUGCCCAGUAACAUGACUGUUCUGCAGGGAUGGACAGAAAGGCCACGUCAGUCCAGCAGCCUGAUCUGGUGAGAUGCCUCAGCUCUGGAGGUCGAAGGCUGAGGCUGUGUGGUGGAGGGAGGGCUGACGGUGCCUGCUGGCUGCUUCCUGGAUGGAGUAGUUUUGCUGGUUGGGGCUGGCCUCUGAUCUCAGCAGUACAGACCUACUGUAUCCUGUAAAAGCUUCACGUUUUUAUACCGUAGUGAACAGAGUUAAUUGUCGAGUUUGUUCAUUUUAUUUGGCAUGUCGCUGGCUGGGAUUAGGAGGCUUCUGACUGUUGUGAAACCUGAAGCUGUUGUGGCCGCUCAGCUCUUCAGCACCUCUCUGACAGCUUAGACUUGCAAAACCCAAAAUGCUUGUGUUGACUGCCUUACUAGAAAAUGUUGAUCAGAUGUUUAAGCCCUGGAGUUUGUUUUUGUUUUUUUACAAUCUUUGUGGACUGAUUAGUUUACUUCUUAAUUGACUGUGUUCAUGUGUUGUUGUUUGUACAGGACUUUUUAUACUUUUCAAAAUAAAGUUUAUCAGGUGAUACCUUUUA